CAAACGCAGCGUGAUAGGUCGUCGUUUCUCGCGCGAAUGCCUCGCUCGUAUGUAAAUAUCGCGACGUCGUUUUUUCGAAUAAACGUCGAUCGCCAACGAACUGUUACAGGACUGACCGGCUCCCUUAUUAUUUAUCCCGGAAGUUAUUACCGCGCGUACCAAGAAGCGUAGUAUGAGAGCUCGAAUAGUUUUAUUAGGAAUUUUGCUCAUCUGCACGAGCAUUCGAUAUGCAGAUAGCAGAUCAAAGAAAACGACGCAACUGUCAUUGCAAAGCAAAGAAACCAACGUGGUAAAUUUUAUGCGACUACUGGUAAUGAGAUUGGUCUUUGGAGUAGCUUCGGCGAUGGGGUUAGGUGAAAAUCUCUCGGGUGUACUCGGUGGAAUUUUCGUACCUCCCGGAGCUGAAGAGUACAAUGAGGACUACGGAGAUGAUGAUUUAAUUGUACCUGAUAUCUUCUAAAGUAGAUAUUUUUCAU